AUGCCCGACGGCACCUCCCGCUUCAAGGCCCGCGGCAAGGACCUGCUCCACUUCAUGGGUACCUCGACCUUCUCCCAGUACACCGUCGUGGCCGACAUCUCGGUUGUGGCUGUGACGCCCAAGAUCCCCACCGACCGAUCCUGCCUGCUGGGCUGCGGUAUCACCACCGGAUACGGCGCCGCCGUCGUCACCGCUGGCGUCGAGGAGGGCUCCAACAUCGCGGUCUUCGGAGCCGGCUGUGUCGGUCUGUCCGUCAUCCAGGGUGCCGUCAAGAACAAGGCCGGCAAGAUCAUCGUGGUCGACGUCAACGACGGCAAGGAGGCCUGGGGCCGCAAGUUCGGUGCCACCCACUUCGUCAACCCCACCAAGCUCCAGGGCAAGACGAUCCAGGAGGAACUGAUCGAGAUGACCGACGGCGGCUGCGACUACACCUUCGACUGCACGGGUAACGUUGGCGUUAUGCGUGCUGCUUUGGAGGCUUGCCACAAGGGUUGGGGUGAGAGUAUCAUCAUCGGUGUUGCUGCUGCUGGACAGGAGAUUUCGACCCGACCAUUCCAACUUGUCACCGGCCGUGUAUGGAAGGGUUGCGCCUUCGGUGGUAUCAAGGGUCGCACUCAGCUCCCCGGCCUGGUCGACGACUACCUCAACGGCCAGCUGAAGGUGGACGAGUUCAUCACGCACCGCGAGCCUCUGGCCCAGAUCAACACUGCCUUUGAGCAGAUGAAGCAGGGCGACUGCGUCCGCUGCGUUGUUGAUAUGUCGUAA